AAUCGAGAGCUGAAGAGAUGUGCGGGAUCGCUUUGAUUCUCUCUGGAGUUCGCAUUAUCGGAUCCGAAGUCUUCGGUGAAUCGAGUGGAGCACGAUGUUCUGAUUCAGAAGAGGUGCCUGGGGCAGUUUUAGAGAUAGAUGAUCUGAUAGACUCCCUAUUGAGAAGAGGUCCUGAUAAUUUGGGUAGUAAGAGGAUUUUUCUUCAGCUAAAGCCAUCAUCUUUUCAAGAUGAUUAUGGAAGUAAGGGAAAUGGUAUUUGCAUUCCCUUGGAACAUUGUGAUGUGAACAACACCACUUCUGUUCUUAAAGCUGUCUGCGCACAAGAUGAUGCUGGCGGAGUAAAAUCUGUUGCAGACCUAUAUUUCCUUGGUGCCACAUUGCAGCUGAGGGGAGCGGGCCCUAUUUCUCAGCCACUGGUGGAUACUUGUGGAAAUCUUCUUGUUUACAAUGGUGAGAUAUUUGGUGGUGUUCAUGUUGAUGCUGAUAGCAAUGAUGCUGAAACUCUUUUGCAUGAAUUGGAAAGGUGUUAUUCUUGCAAUUGCCAAGGACAUGGAAAGAAUUGCUCUUGCUCUGGGAAAGGAGAGAGGUCCAUACCUGAGGUUCUGUCAACAAUUAAAGGCCCCUGGUCUUUAAUCUACUGGCAGGAAAGGUCAAAAACCAUAUGGUUUGGUCGAGAUGCUUUUGGAAGGCGGAGCCUCCUGGUUCACUGGCCAACGAAUGAUGACUCGCGAUUUGUGCUUUCUUCUGUAUCACCACCUUCAUCUGUUGGGAAUAUUUAUGGUUCUGUGGCAGGAGAUACUUUUUCUUACUGGGAAGAGCUCCCUUGUGGAAUAUACAGUAUCAACUUAGAAGCUUCAAAGAGCAGGGAACAUAGUAUACAUGAAAAUUUGAACGGUAAAAUUGAGAAGCAUGAGUGGACUGAUGCGGAGUUAAUUAAAAUUAUUAAAUGGGAGCGAGCUUUUCUGGACCCAAAACUGGUCGAAGUUCAUUUGUACAAUUAUCAACAUGUGGUGAAGCAAUGUGCCUUGGCGUAUAGCGUUGGGGACAUGGGGGAUCAUGUCAACAAACAAACAGAGAGUGCUUAUAAGGUGCUUAAUGUUCUGAGACAAUCUGUUAUGCAACACACUGCUCUAAGCAUGGUAUAUCAGGCAUCCCUACGUCAGGCUGGAGAAAAGGAUUUGGCACCUAUUGCUAUUUUGUUUUCAGGCGGGCUGGAUUCUAUGAUCCUUGCAGCAUUAUUAGAUCAAUGCAUUGAUUCCAGUUACACUAUUGAUCUUUUGAAUGUAAGCUUUGAUGGAAAUCUUGCUCCUGAUAGAGUUUCGGCAUGGGUUGGAAUCAGAGAACUUCGUAGGAUUGCUCCUUUGAGAAGGUGGCGACUUGUGGAGAUUGAUGCCAGUUUGUCUGAUUUAGCCUUGGAAACCAAGCAUGUAAUGUCACUUAUACAUCCCUUGAAGACUUACAUGGAUCUGAAUAUUGGUACUGCUUUGUGGCUGGCUGCUGGAGGAGAUGGUUGGGUGGAUGAAAACAUCAAUCCUAAUUGUCGAGAAGGUCAUUGUCGAUACAAAUACAAAUCGAAAGCCAGAAUUCUUCUAGUUGGUUCUGGUGCUGAUGAGCAAUGUGCUGGCUAUGGUAGGCACAGGACAAAAUAUCGGGCUGGGGGUUGGCUUGCCCUACACAACGAAAUGAGAUUGGAUAUGCAGAGAAUAUGGAAAAGAAACUUGGGCAGAGAUGACAGAUGCAUUUCAGAUCAUGGAAAGGAGGCAAGGUUUCCGUUCUUGGAUGAAGAUGUUAUUAGAACUUUACUUGAAAUUCCUCUGUGGGAGAUUACAAACCUCGAUGAACCAGUUGGUAAAGGUGACAAGAAAAUUCUGAGAGAGGUUGCAAAGUUGUUGGGUUUAGAAAGUGCAGCUCUUCUCCCAAAGAGGGCUAUCCAGUUUGGUUCGAGAAUAGCUCGGGAAUCAAAUAGAAAGAACUUUGGGAGUAAUCGAGCAGCGAACCAAGCAUCAGCUGGCAGUGUUGAGAUUCAUGAGUGAACCUUCGACGUUUUAACUCGUGAAUAAUACUGCUAAGCAGCCGAUGUCAUUGUGCCGAGCAUAUGAUGGACUGUGGUUGUCAAUCUAUAUUUUGCAGAGAUAGGUGUGAUAUGUUGCAGUCAGGGGACUUGGAGGAUGUGUUGUAGAUCCAUCACAACACACCUCCGCUUUCAAUGUCUUCAUUAGUUCUUUUUAUGUUUGUUUUAAAUUAUUCAUGACAUUGUUACUGUGUACAUUAUCAUUUAUUUCACUUUACGGAUAUGUAUUAUUGCAUUUGUUUAUCAAUAAAUUUUAAAAUACGGAA